AUUGCGAGAUGUCCAAGGAUUUUGUGUACUGAUGAGUAUUAAUUCUAAAUUUGGAGUGAGUGGUGGCGCAGUAUUGAGCGGCGGCUGCUGUUAGCCUCGCGCCGGGCCUCGUCACCUGCUCACUCUCACUCUCUCCGCGGCGUGGCCAGCGACGGCCGCUCCUGCACUGCUUGGGGGAGGAAGUUUAGCUAAAUAUACGGAUUUCCUCAUGCUGACGUACUAGAUUCGUUCAUAACUGGAGUUUGCCUAUGGCGAAAACCUGAAUGAAAGUGACUAGCGGUAUGAGGCGCCUGUGAUGCUACUGUUCCUAUCAUGCAAUGCCUUCGUUUCUCGAAGUGGCUUGAGCUGAACAGCUGUACUGACUGGCGAGUCAUGGAAGCAUAUCGAUAUGGAUGUGGUGAAGGAAUGGCUGUUGUAUAGGCAGUGAUACAAUGGACGAUCAGGAAAGCUUAUUAAAAGAAGAGAAGGAAGAUGGGGAACUGGAGGAAGGAGAGUUGGAAGAGGACGAGGUGGAGGAGCCCUUGCCGAGUAAGGGUUCUCAAGGAGACAUGGGUACUGUUGACAAAAGAACAUCAGAAAGUGAUGCCCACAUGCAGCUCGAGUCUGAUGCCAGAGAGGACGGAAAGAAGGAAAGAAGAGAGAGCAGGGAAAGUAAGGAGGAAAAGAAGAGGAAACAUAGGGAUGAUGAUGAAGAAAAGAGAAAAAAGAAGAAAAAGAAAAAGAAACAUGCGAACAGUGAAGGGGAAGAUGACGAUGGAACCAGCCCAAAGCUUCACCAGCACAAGAUGAUAGUGCCAACAUUUGACAAGAACAUGGAAUUUGAUGCAAUGCUGCAGCAAGAAAUGCUUCUGCGAGGUCGUUCACCUCCUCCCGGCAUGAUUCCUUAUGGUCCUCCUCCAGGGGCUUUUGGUGGACCUCCUCACCCAAUGUUUCGUGGAAGACCAGUUUCAGAUUAUGAUUCAUAUGAAUCUGGAUCUGAUUCUGAAAUGCGAGAGCGGCAGGCACGACGUCCACGGCGGCCCAACAGAAGGUUCAGAAGAUCUCGCUCCCGAUCCCGUUCUCCUUCUCGCAAGAAUGAAGCAAUUUGCAUGUAUUAUAUGCAAGGCAGCUGUCAAAGGGGGAAGGGGUGCCCUUAUUCGCAUGACAUCCAGCCACAGAGGAAAAUGGAGUUAUGUAAAUUUUACAUGAUGGACUGUUGUGCCAAAAAAGACAAGUGUCUGUACAUGCACAAAGACUUCCCUUGCAAACAUUAUCACACUGGUGUGAAAUGCAAGUCAGCUGACAAGUGCAAGUUCAGUCAUGACCCGCUCUCAGAUGCUUCUCGUUCAGUUUUACUCAAGCACAUAGAACUGGCCCCCAAAGACAUUCUUGGGGACUUUCCUCGGCUAACCAAAGAUGCUGCACAGCUUGUGGUGGCAAUUACUGAAGCUCAUCGCAAAGGAAACCCAAUGGAUGUAGAAACCAUACCUGGUAUUAUGGAUUUCAAGGGCAGGGGCUUUAAAUAUGUAGACAAGGCAAUAAAGAAUGUGCUCAAGAAACAAGAAGCAAGAAUGAAAAAUAUGCCAAAGGACCAGCCUUACAUGGAGGAUAUGGGAGACAGGAGAUCUCCAGAGCAUCCUCACCACCAUCCACACUCCCAUCCACACUCACACCCCCUCUCACACCCACACCAACACCCACACCCACACUCACAUGGUCACCAGCACCAUCAACACCAACACUCACAUCCACACCAACACCCACACCCACAUUCACAUCCACAUCCACAUCCACAUGCUCAUCCUCAUCCCCAGCAGCAACAACAGCAGCAGCAGCAUGGAGAAGGUGGCAUGACGCCUCCCAGGCAUACGUUUACACCACCUUUAAGUGAGGAACGAGAAAGCAGUGAAUCACCUCAGAAGAAUCCUGGUAGUAGUAACAACACAGCUUCAAAUGUCUCAAAUAUGAACAGUGGCCAGGGAGCAUCCACAAGUAACAGAAAAAGCUUCAUGACAGCUCGUAUGCCCCAAAAGCAGCGAGAACUCUUCCAGCGCAUUGAACAACAGCACUCUGUUCAGCAUGAACAGGAAGACACAGCCACAGAAAGUGCACUGGAUGAUACCCCACUUAAUCCUAAUAAUGUUAAUUGGUACUCCAGUGAUGAAGAUGGUGAAGCACCUUGCAGUACCAAAAUGCAAGGACAGGGAAUGAGUUUACACACAGGUGGGAACUCAUCCCCAAGCAGGACACCACCCUUGCCCUCUAUGAGUGGAAGCUCAGGCAGUUUUCCAACCACAGAAAAACAAGGAAGCAGUCCUGGAAGUUCCUCUACAUCUCAGAAAGGUGCCUUUGCUGGUAUUAACUUGGAUAACAUCAACAUUUCUUCUGAUCUGGCAAGUGUUUUGUCAGCUCUAAAGAAUCACAAUGCAUCUAGUAACAAUAGAAACAACAGUGAAGACUUUGGGAAAGAUCAAAGAAUGCUGUCCCCAAGAGGGAAGGAUCCCAGGGACUUGUCUCGAGAUUCCAGGGAGGCAUCAAAAAGUUUUAGAGAUGCAGGCUUAGAUCAGGAUCUGUCCAAGAUUUCAAGAGAAGGGAACAAGGCCAUGGGAGAUAUGUACAGGGAUCCCCGAGAUGUGAUUCAAAGUCCAAGGGAGAGCACUGACUAUAGUCCCUGGCAGAGAGAUCAGAUGCCUUUGUCUGGAUUGCAAGAUCCUUGGGACCACCCAAAAAUGGAUUCCUCCAAAGAUCAAGAUCAGCAAAGAAAUUUUCUUGAUAUUAGAGAAGGUUCAGAUAUGGAUCAUGAUCAGCGGCUUAGAAAAAAGGAUGUUGAUUUAAGGGUGAUUCCAGGAAUAGAUAAUAGAAGUGAGAGUUCAAGUGUGAAAGGUGCACAAUAUGAUACAGACAUGAGAAUAUCUAGUGAAUCAUCAAUAUAUGAUGUAGACUUAAGACAGUUGAAUUUACCAAGUAGUUAUCAGAGUUCUGAAGAGGAAAUUAAUUCAUUACCAUUCAAAGUACCAGUGCAUACACCAGCCAAAGAAAUUUUUGCUUCCCUUUCAUCUCAUUCACCAAUGUAUUAUCAGCUUGUUAAAGUAACUAUUCCUAAACCAAAUUUCACCCAUCUGAAAAUAAACAAAGAUGAUCCCAGAAUUAUGGAAGAUCCCAGAAUACGAAGGAUGCUGAAGAGCUCCACAGAAGAUAAUUCAAAUCGAAGUCCACGAGCACCUUCCAGAUAUGAGAUGGAUGUACCAGUGAGCCCACCGCCAUCAAAAGGAGAUGCAAAGUUUUCAGAUUCUGAUAACAGAGAUCCAAGAGUGAUUUCUCAGAGAGACCCAAGAAGUGAAACCCGUUCGGACCCAAGAAGUGAUGUGAGAGGAGAGCCAAGAGUAGAUCCAAGAAUGAGUGUUAGAGUUGAUCCAAGAGUUGGUAACAGAGGCGAUCCAAGGGGUGAUGCUCGCGACCCACGGACAGAGCAAAUGGGAGAUAUGAGAAACCAAGACAUGAGGAUGAGUGGAAUGUAUGGAGGAGGGAACAAUGGAGCAAUGAUGGAUGGAGGAAUGCAGUACAUGAACAUGGGUCCUGGGCCUGGGCCUGGACCUGGGCCUGGGCCUGGGCCUGGCCCCAUGGGCCCCAUGAUGCCUCAAAAUAACAUGAAUCCUAGAGACAAGCCAGGUUUACUUGGACCUGCCCCCAUGGCAUUCUCCUCAGGGUAUCCUCACAACAUGGGGCCAAGGGUGCCACCUUUCAUGAUGGGUUCUGGUCCUGGUCCUGGCCCUGGCCCUGGCCCUGGUCCUGGCCCUGGUCCAGGUCCAGGUCCAAACAGUGGUUACUAUUCAGAUGAGGGUGAAAUGAUGGGGAGUGGAGGAUAUCCUCCUCAGGGAGGCCCAGGGUGGGGUGGACGCAUGCCAGGGAAUGACCCAAGAUUGAACCGUGAAAUGGGAGAGGGGAGCAGAUCUUAUACUCCACCCUCAGUGUCUUAAAUUGCUUGAUGCUUAUAAGGAUGAAAGCAGUCCAUUUCAUUGGAUACUUAUGUGUAGCCCAUGGUUACUGUUUCCCUUUGUGUUUCAGAUCUCAUCACUGUGUGAAUAUUUGAAGGGAUAUUUACAUUUACAGUCUUAAUAUAUAUAUAUAUAUAUAUAUAUAUAUAUAUAUAUAUAUAUAUAUAUAUAUAUAUAUAUAUAUAUAUAUAUAUAUAUAUAUAUAUAUAUAUAUAUAUAUAUAUAUAUAUAUAAUGAAAACUGCCAGAAUAAGAAAGCAGGAUGCAUAAUAUACAUGAUGUAUUACCUCAUGUGCCUGGAACUCCCUUGUUAAUUUGAGUUUGCAAAUAUGCUGUAAUAAAAAGUUGAUCAACCUGGAAGCUUCUAGAGGAUCUGCCAACCUGAGGCAAAGUACAGAGACAUUCAAACAUUGGUACUCUCUUCUGGGGGUGAUCUGUCUCCUUGGAUUGGUAUUCAAUAAUGAGUUGCCAGAAUUAGGAAAAUAUUUAUUUUUAUUGAUUGCAGAGUCAUUAUUUAGGGAUAAAAUGAAUAGCUGUAUGUAUUUUGUUUAUUUUCAUGUUUGAUUUAUGAUGAAACAAGGCAGUUCUGUGGCAUUGUAACAGGAAUUAAUAUCAUUAUUUCUUUGUUUCUGUCCAUUCUCUCUCUCUCUCUCUCUCUCUCUCUCUCUCUCUCUCUCUCUCUCUCUCUCUCUCUCUCUCUCUCUCUCUCUCUCUCUCUCUCUCUCUCUCUCUCUCUCUCUCUCUCUCUCUCUCUCUCUCUCUCUCUCUCUCUCUGUCUCUCUCUCUCUCUCUCUCUCUCUCUCUCUCUCUCUCUCUCUCUCUCUCUCUCUCUCUCUCUCUCUCUCUCUCUCUCUCUCUCUCUCUCUCUCUCUCUCUCUCUCUCUCUCUCUCUCUCUCUCUCUCUCUCUCUCUCUCUCUCUCUCUCUUGACUGUGGGAAAUACAACUAAAAUGAAGUAAUGAUUCUCUAAAGUGAGGAGAAAUUAAUAGUGUACAUAGGUAUAUAAGGAAGUGAAGGGAGAGGGAGUGAGCCAUAGUGGCUGAUCAAGUACAAAAUGCAGUACUGUAUCAUGAUAUUUUGUGUCAGUGCUCAAUAAGCAGGGUUGUAAAUAUGGCUUCUGCAGAAUUUUGUACCACUUGAGAUGGUCUCAAUGCUGAUUUUUGUCUGUCUGUUGGUGACUGACUUCAUUUGCCUUUGUGCACAUAUGUGGCUGUUGGUUCCUUGUGCUUCAUUAAACAGCUAUUUGCACACACACACACACACACACACACACACACACACACACACACACACACACACACACACACACACACACACACACACACACACACACACACACACACACACACACACAGACACACACACACUAUUUUUAGGUGUAAUUAUUCCAAGUGGCAUUGUAACUCUAUGUAUAUUAGCAAAUUGUGCAUUACUUAAUAUUAAGCCUUUGUACAUAAUUCAUCCCCCAAUUGUUUCAUUUUUAGUCUGUUGAAUAGUCUGACAUGUGUAAAAUGUAUAUGUAUGCAUAUCAUAACUGUUGAUUUUUGUGUGUGGUAUGAAUGGAUGUCUGACAGUCAGCUGUACUUUAACAAAAAAUGCUCUUUAAAAGUGAUUUUCAUUGGAUUUUGUUAUUCUUACAGGCCAUAUAUUUGAUGUGCAUGAGUUGCAUAGUUUGUAUUGAGUAUUUGUACUGGCAGGAGGAGGUUGACAAAAUGAACAAAAGGACUGAUUGACUAAGUAGAUAUUGAUAAAAAGGGUGGGGCUGAAUUGCUAAGAGACACUGAGGUUGUAAGAGCCAUGUAUGAAGGAUUGGAAAUGCAUGUGGUAUUAAUGAAAAUGAAGAUGCAUAUAAAACUAUACUGAAAUGUGGAGGAUUCACUAGAUGACAAAAUGCACUUCAUAUGCAGGUUGGCAUGGAAGGAUAAGGAGGUAUCUGGAGACUGAACAAAAGUUGCUGUAUUCCCAAAAUAUAGAGAAAAAGGGGAGAGAUGUGAAUGUUGAAACUGGAAGAAUGAGUUUAUUUAGUAAAGGUUCAUAGGUGAAUUAUAGUUGAAAGUGUAUAAUAUAGCAAAGUAUAAGAGAAUAAGGUAGAUAUAAGAAAGAGGAAGGGGUGUGUAGAACUCCCCUCAGUGAAACAGGAGAAAGUGCUGAGAUACAUGAGAAAAGAAUGGAAAGUUAAAAUGGAUGGAGUGUGCAAAGAAGACAGAUAGGAACAAAUGGAGACUUGUUAUGCCCACCUGUUUUAAGGUUACAAAGAAUGAACUUCAUAGUAGAUUAGGUUAGACUAGGUUAGUAUAUUAGUCAUUUGAAUAAUUCAGAAUAUUUGAACAUUAAAAGUAGGAAAGGUAGCUUACCAUAUACUCACAAUCAUUCAUAAUAUAGUGACUAAGAAUAUGUACAUACAAAAUGAUGUUUCUUUUUUUUACAUAAUUAUAAUGCUACAAGCUUUAGUACAAAGUGGUGUAAUGCCACCUAGAGUUUGGUGAACUUGAAUGGAGCACUGAAGAUUGGUUCUACUAUUAUUUUACUAAGAGACUUCAACAGUGCUCCAAUUUGCAUCUACAUGUGUACAAAAAUUCCAUUUCUUUUGUUAUUUUGUAAUCAUAUCUGAAAAGGAUAGCAUUUCAUUUAUUGCUAAGAAAACUGAAUAUCCAUAGGCUUCAUAGAAUAUCUGUACUCCACUCUGUAAAUUUUCAUUGGUUAAAUUUUAACUAAGAACAAAUAAUCUAGCUCACAUUCUUAAUUGGUGCUAACACACACACACACACACACACACACACACACACACACACACACACACACACACACACACACACACACACACACACACACACACACACACA